UCGGUGGUUAUUUCGUCAGUGAUCAAGUGUUCGACUUCCGAAACAGUUGUCAAUUGUGUGCUACCGAGCAGUGCCUUCAGCAGCAGUACUUCAACAUAGCGACAAUGCGUUCUUCGAAAGUUAUUCUCAGUGCAGUGUUGGUUCUGGCGAGUUGGAUGUACGCCACGGAAGCAGCCAUUGCGGGCAAUGGCGGUGGGUCUGUGUUUUCCUCGUCCAAGAAAAUGUGUGAUCAGCGGUACAGCGUGAAUUGUUUGAAGCUAGAGCUAGUGUCCUUCCUGGAGCGUGUCACCAACCAGAAAGAGUACAACCUGAUGGCGGGCAUUAGUGUGGUGCGCGAUCCGGGUGCAAACAUUACCCGUACUGCGGACCUCAUUGCUGAGGUGACGCGCAUCUUCCCGACGAAUCCGGAGCGACGGUUGGACGAGUUCUUGCUGACCAAGCUGAACGACUAUCUGCAGACGCACUCGUUACGGCUGAAGUUUGUCGACGGGGAUGCGUUCCAGAAGGCACGGGAAGUGUUUGCCGGACGCAAGGGCAAGCUGGGCAAGAAAGGUGGACUGGAAACUCUUAUCGCUGGUGCCAUGAUGAUGAAGGGAACACUGGCGGCGAUCGGACUGGGAGCAUUGGCACUGAUCGCUGGCAAAGCGCUCAUGACGGGACUGUUGGCGUUGAUGCUGGCGGCCAUUGUUGGUCUGAAGUCAUUGGCUAGUGGAGGCGGCGGUGGUCAUAAGUCAACGACGUACGAGAUUGUCGCCAAACCGAUGUAUUCUCACUCGCACUCGGAACACGAUGAGGUGGGACACGGUCACACGGGAUACGGCGGAUAUGGCCGAUCGUACGAUCUUCCCUACUCGGGACAAAAGCCCAACUGAGCUUUGAUUGGAGAAUAGAGUUAUUUAAGAACACUAGUAAGGGUAUGCAAUUUCCGACAAAAACUGUGCCUAUGCAAACUUGCCCUCUCGAUGGUAUAUUUAGGGGUCUUUCUAUGAAGUUAUUUAUUUAAACACUGUUAGUGAGCUGUCGUUUCUCUCUUGCCAAAAUGUAUUCUUAAUUUAUUUAUUUAUUAAAGCUUAGAUAACUAAACUGUCAGAUUGUUAUGGAGUAAAUGCUUCAACCAGAAAAUUUGAAUAAAAAAGAACGAUAAAUACAUUCGUAAUUCAAUGUGCUGUUAAGUAUGUUAAAUGUUAUUAAUAAUAUACACGUUUGUUCUGUUGCUGUCUCUUGUCCAGAGUCGAAUUUCCCUAUAAGUGGACUGAGCGGCU